AUGGAGAAGUACACGGAUAGAUACCAUCCGCAGUUUAUUCCCGGAACGUACUCCAUCUACUCGUCUGCGGUGAUCCGCCACCAGCACCACAUGGCGAUCAAGCGGUACCGGUACGGGGUCAUUCUCCAGCCGCAGCCGACAAACUCGAGAAACGACCCGCUCAACUGGUCCAAGCGGAGGAAAACGCUGCACAGCUUAAUUCUCCUCCUCGUGACGGCUUUCACCGCAGCGCUUUCCAACGACGCCUCUGCGCCAACAGACUCGAUCAACGCAAUCACGGGUAUUUCCUACGACCUCUUGAACGACUCGGCAGGCGUGUUGUUUGUCAGCAUUGCCGUUUCCACCUGGUUGUACAGCCCCUUCGACUACCUUCUAGGCCGCAAGAGCGUCAUUCUGUUUGGCGCCAUAUUCGCCUUUUUCAGCUCGAUCUGGUACGCCUUGAUGAACGACGGCGGUGACUCGUACGGCUCGCAGGUGUUGACCGGGUUCUCCUUUGGGUGCGCUGAUGCUCACGUCCAGCUCUGCUUUGCCAGCAUCUUCUUCCGCCACCAGUUGGGCGCCAUCAUCACGAUAUACAACUUGGCGUACUCGUUGGGCACCUACCUUGGUCCGCUUUGCGCUAACUUUAUCUCCUUCGACAGGACGUUCCGUUGGGUGGGUUGGUCUGGGGCCAUAGCCUCCGGGGUACUUAUUCUGAUCGUGCUCUUCCUCUUUGAGGAAAACUCCUUCGACUACGCCAAGUACAGCCACCGGGUCGACGACCUGACCCUCAAUUUGGGGUUUGUGCAGAACGGCGUCAUCAGCAACGAGGAGUCCGACGACGCGUUGACGCAGGGCUAUUUUGACAAACCAUUCAGCUACCUGGAGAGGUACAAGCCUUUCAGACUGCCCAAGGACCCCCAGUGUCGUACCCUUCUUGGCUUUGUGAAGCACUACUUUCAGCUGUUGCUCAUCCCUGUGAGAUGCAUUGUCUUUCCGCCUGUCAUCUACGCGGGGUGCAUCUGCGGCUUGCAAAAUGCCAUCUUGACCUUUUACCUCACCACCGAGGACACGAUGCUCUAUAGCGACCCCUUCAACUACUCUUCGGCACAGGUCGCUUUGAUGAACAUCCCCUGCAUCAUUGGCAGUGUCAUAGGGUGCUUGUAUGCCGGGUCCAUGACGGACUAUUUCAUUCUCUGGAUGGCCAGAAAAAAUAGCGGCAUUGUCGAAAGCGAGUUCAGACUCUACUUCGCCUUCUUGUCCGGCACCGUCGGCGCUGUCGGUUUGCUCAUGUUUGGCUUCGGCAUCUCCCGCAACAUGGACUGGCGGGUCUUCUACAUCGGCUUGGCCUUCAUCUCAUACAUGUUCUCCUCCUCGACAAACCUCGCCAUGUUGUACGUGAUGGAUACCUACAGGGAGCUCACCCUCGAGGUGCUUGUCUGUGUCGCCUUCAUCAACAACAUCAUUGGCUGCAUCUUCACAUUUGCCUGCUCCCCCUGGUUGCAAAGCUCCGGCACAGAAAACACUUACAUUGCUCUUGCCGUCAUCAGUCUUGGUGUCAUGCACUCCUCUGGUGGCUUUAUCUACUUCGGCAAACGCUGGCGCAAGAGAACCCAUGCGGCCUACGUCCGGUUGGCAGAGAUCAAGGCAGACUACUAG